ACCACCAAGGCUCCCAGUGGUGUUUAAAAGUGAAUCCUGUUUGUUUCUAAAUGAUCAAUCAUGGAUGAAGAUUCAGCAUUGGAUGACCCAAUUGCAAAUGUACCAGGCCCAUCCUACCUCUCCUCCUUGAGCCAACCGGAGAAGGAUGUCGGGAAAGAUCUGGAUCUCAGCUUCCUGCCGGAAGAGACCAGUGGAAAUGAUGCUUCUAAUGCUAACGUGACACAAGACAGUGGCGUCUUCGAUGCCUGUAGGCAAGAGGAGUCUGCUGAGACUGACCCUAAAAAGGUGGCCAUGCCGGGAGCCUCUACCUUCUGUCCCAUGACACCCGUGACCCCAGUGGCUGAGAGUUCUGGAAUCACCCCCAUGUUACAGAAUAUUGUAUCCACAGUGAAUCUGGCCUGCCCACUGGACCUGAAGUCCAUUGCUCUACAAGCCAGAAAUGCGGAGUACAACCCCAAGCGUUUUGAUGCUGUCAUUAUGAGAAUACUGGAGCCUAGGACCACAGCGCUCAUCUUCAGCUCUGGAAAGAUGGUCUGCACAGGAGCCAAGAGUGAGGAGCUGUGUCACUUAGCUGCCCGCAAGUUUGUUCGAGUGGUGCAGAAGCUGGGCUUUCCUGCCAAAUUCCUAGACUUCAAGAUACAUAACAUGGUGGGGAGCUGUGAUGUCUGCUUCCCCAUCCGACUGGAGGGUCUGUUGUUGGAUCAUCAGCAGUUCAGCAGUUAUGUGCCAGAACUGUUUCCUGGUUUGAUCUAUCGCAUGGUGAAACCACGUAUUGUGUUAAUGAUCUUUGUGUCUGGAAAAGUGGUCCUGACAGGAGCUAAAGAACGUCGAGAAAUCUAUGAAGCCUUUGAGAACAUAUACCCCAUUCUGAAGGGAUUCAGAAAGCAAUGAAGUGCCUUCGCUGAUUUUUGUGAAGACGAUGAAAGCAUUUGACGCACUUAAAUCUUCAUGUGUGUAAAAUACAUGCGUCCUAAAUUGUUUAAUUUUUGUGUGUUGCACUUCUGGAGUGUUAAAUAAAAGUGUGUAGAUGGGCAACUUGUAACGUAGUUUUAUAAUUGUGAAAUGGAAUACAGGAUCUUCUAAUAAAAACGAAGUUUGCAUGUUA